AUGAAGUUUAAUGAUAGAGAAAUUAUUCCAGUCCUAUUUGCAGUCCAUUAUGCAGUCAUCAACACGUUACUGGCAUUCUCAUAUACAAGUCCUCCUAAGGAUCCUUUAUUCUAUGUUUUUGCUAUUUUCUCCUUCACAAGUGUCAUUGACUUGAUAAUAUGGCUGGAAGAAGAUGGCUAUAUCAGUGGGUUUAUGGAGUUUUAUAUGAAAGAGGGGGAACUAUAUCUCCGCACUGCACAUGGACUUCUCAUCUGUCUGUGGGAUGGCACUGUGCAUUACAUACUCUACCUUUUUAUGUUGGCAGCCAUUGCCAGAAGAAAAGAUAGAACCACCACACUUAUAGCUGAAAUUCUCUACAAUAAUCUUCAAAAUCAGACUGAAACUUCCGGUUUGAUUGGUAGAGCUUUUGUUAACUGUUAUACCAUUAUCUUCUUGCUCCUUUUUCCUGCUCAGAUGCAGCAAAUGUACAACAUGAUUAUGACACACAAGCGAGCUAUGCAGGAGGUGCAACUUUUGUGGAAAAAAGCCAUUAAACAGCACCAGCAUGAGUAUGAUAGUGAUGAAGAGGUUGACAAUGAGUUUGGGACAUGGGAGCAUCAGCUGCGUCGCAUGGAAAUGGACAAAACCAGGGAGUGGGCAGAGGAGCUGACAGAGAUGGGACGUGGGAAGCAUUUCAUUGGAGAUUUUCUUCCACCAGAUGAGUUAGAGAAGUUCAUGGAAACUUUAAACAAACAUUUGCUGCUGAAGCCACACCAAGUUGGCUCUCUGCUCAUGCACUAUAACAAAAAGGCUUGGCGAAGAAGGGCCAUGUUGGUGGAAUAUGCAAGAUAA